UUUGCAAAUAACUGUACCCGAGGUUGGGGACUUGCCACACGGUGGCGUCACUAUUGCCAACUUUUAAACCCAUCAAGUUGGGAUAUUUUAAUUAAAUAUCAGUUUUUCGCAAAAUUGUGAGUAUGUCGGGUGAGGACACCAUCAACAAAUCCGAUUUUUUUCUCAAAGACAUCCCGAAUGUUAAAAUUGGCAACGUUUCCAAAGCCCCGAAAAAGAAUGUGGUCAAGGAGCAGCUCCAGUUCCUCCACUUCAACGAGGAAAUGCAGGAACAAAUCCUGGAAACCUUGCGGUUCAUCCACGGGCCGGACUUCGUCCUGAAAGACGCGUCCGAUUACAAGGACGUUAAGACCAACUUAGGCAAAAAGUAUUGGUUGGGUCAAAGCAACUUGAUAAUUAAGGGGGCUUGCGAUUUUUCCAAAAUUGAGGAUGAGACCUAUGAGGAGGACCGCCUUAAACAGUUCGCCCUCAUGCGAUUAGAAAGUUACGGCUUCCAUCUAAACCACUGCAUUGAGGCUUUGAAAUAUUGUGAAGGCAAUGUUGAGGAUGCUCUCUAUGUACUGUACAACAAGUAUUUCAAUUCAGGUGAACUCAAAAUUACUGACAUUGAUUUGUCUAAAAAUGAACUGCUUGAGCAAAGAAUGGACGAGAAAAGUUCCUUGGAGUCAAUUUAUGAUAAAACCUUUCAGGAAAAAGUCCAAAACGCGGUUUGGAUCCUCACGCUUAAACUUGAUUAUUUAAUUAAAAUAUUUCACAAUAAAAACAAGUCAAAAAAACCGGCCAAAACCGUGCAAAAUACGGCCAAAAAGAAAGAAAAGUGUCGCAAUUUUAUUACAGGAAACUGUAAAUGGGGCGACAAGUGUCGCUUUUCGCAUGAAAAAGAGGUGAUAGAGAAGGACCCCAAUGCUCAUUUGACUGAUUUUAAUUUUGAAUUAGAGAUACGUUUUCCCUAUAACACGAAAUACCCCUACGAACCUCCUUUGAUUCUCCUGAAAACUAACGCAGUUUUGCCCCCGUUAAUGAACUUACAUAUUUGUAAAAGACUGUACGAGGAGGCGAAACUUUUGGCCGAGGACGGAAUACCGUCAGUUUACACCAUAACAGAACUGCUAACAAACGAGGAAGAAAUCAAAAGUUACGUUGAGACAACUGAGAUUGAUUUUAUCGCGCCUAAUGUGCCUUUAUUUCGCGACGAAAAAUUAAAUGUUCCCAAAAAGAAGCGUCCGAGUCACUACAUUAAAGGUAUCACGAACCGCGACAACCAAAAAAUUCUAACUCCGGAGGAAAUUCGAGGAGUUGAUGAAAAAAUUGUCGCCAAAUUUAAGUCUCUAGUCAAGGAUAAAAAAUACUUGGAGAUGCUUCAGUACCGCAAAAAAUUGCCCGCAUGGGGGCUCAUGAACGACAUUUUGAAUACGAUUCAACAGUCUCAGGUCGUGGUCAUCAGUGGGGAGACCGGGUGUGGGAAAAGUACCCAAGUCCCCCAAUACAUCCUCGAUGAUUGGCUGGUAAAUUACGCAAAUGACCGAAAACACGUAGAGAUAGUGUGUACGCAACCGCGGCGUAUUUCCGCCAUCAGUGUUGCCGAACGUGUGGCGGAGGAGCGAGUGGCUAAAAUUGGCAACACUGUCGGUUACCAAAUCCGGUUAGAGUCCAAAGUUUCGGUUAACACUCGGCUCACUUUUUGCACCACUGGUAUUCUCCUCCGCCGGCUCGAAAGCGAACCGACUUUACCUCAAGUUACCCAUAUCAUAGUCGACGAAGUGCACGAAAGGUCCGAACAAAGCGACUUUCUCUUACUAAUCCUCAAACAGAUAUUACCUUUUCGGCCCGACUUGAAAGUCAUUCUCAUGAGUGCCACACUCAACGCCCAGUUAUUUUCGGACUAUUUCGGCGAAAUCCCGAUUUUGACAAUCCCGGGUCGGACUUUUCCCGUCGAACAGUAUUUUCUAGAAACGAUUUUCGAAAAAACCGGCUACGUCCUCGAGGACGGAACCGAGUAUGCUAGGAAAUUAAAAGACGCUGAAUUUAUCGAAAACGAGCUCAGUUUGCUGAAUGCUGGACGCCAUAUGACCCCUAAUGAUAAUCUCCGAGAUGAGAAUUUGAAAUUUGCGCAGUUAUUGUGUCGGUACAAGGAGUGCAGUUUUCGGACUUGUAAAAAUUUGCUUCUGAUGGACCCGGAAGUGGUCAAUAAUGAGCUGAUCGAGACGGUUUUAACGUGGAUCGUGUCCGGGGAGCAUAAUUAUCCCAGAAAGGGGACCAUUUUGGUGUUUUUGCCCGGAAUUGCCGAAAUUACGAGCUUGUACGAUCAGUUGGCCGUGCAUCCGGAGUUUGGCACCCGGAGCCAGAAGUAUCUGGUUCUGCCGCUGCAUUCGUCGCUCAGCAGUGAAGAGCAGGCCAUGAUUUUUAUGAAGCCUAAAAACUUGAGGAAAAUCAUUCUUUCGACCAAUAUUGCCGAGACUUCGGUCACAAUUGACGACUGUGUCUUCGUGAUCGAUUCGGGUCGAAUGCGUGAGAAGCACUUCGACCCGAACCGAAACAUGGAGAGUCUGGAGACCGUGUGGGUGACCCGCGCCAAUGCCCUGCAACGCAAGGGUCGAGCAGGCCGUGUGAUGGCCGGCGUUUGUUUCCACCUCUACACCAGUAACCGUUUCCGCCACCAGAUGCUCCCCCAACCCAUCCCAGAAAUCCACAGAAUUCCCCUCGAACAACUCAUCCUCAACAUCAAAAUUUUGCAAAACUUCGAAGAUCGUGACGUUUGUGACGUCAUCGACGGUCUAAUCGAGCCGCCUUUGAAAGAGCACGUGGAGACGGCGAUUGUUCGUCUCCAAGAUGUUGGAGCCUUAGACACCGAAAAACAAUUGACGCCGCUUGGCCACCACUUAGCCGCCUUGCCUGUGGAUGUGAGAAUUGGAAAAUUGUUGCUCUAUGGGGCAAUUUUCUCGUGUGUGGACUCGGCGUUAACUAUGGCGGCGUGUCUGAGUAAUAAAAGCCCGUUCGUGACGCCGUUCCGUAAAAGAGACGAGGCAAAUGAGAAGAAGAAAAAAUUUGCCGUGGGGUAUAGUGACCACAUUACUGUCCUGAUGGCCUACAAGAAGUGGCAAAGUGUGUACAAGAAGAGUAGUCUAGCUGGGCGGAAUUUUGCAAACGAGAAUUUCCUCUCACAAAAGACUCUUGUAACAAUCGCCGAUAUCAAGCACCAGUUUUUGGAGUAUUUGGUCGAUAUCGGGUUCAUUGCUGCGAAUUUGGACGGGAAAAGGCGUUCAGGGGACGAUGAUGUGUUAGCAAUUACCGGAAACGAGUUUAACAGGAACGGCGAAAAUUUCAAUGUUUUAGCGGCAAUUUUAUGUGCCGCUCUCUACCCCAACGUGAUAAAAGUCCUAACUCCGCCCAAAUCGUACGUAAAGACCGCCGGAGGGGCCAUUCCCAAAGACAACGAAGCGAAAGAUUUCCAAUUCCAGACCGUUAAAGAAACCGUUUUUCUCCACCCCUCAUCGGUGAAUUUCUCCGCGAAGAAUUUCCCAAGUCCUUAUCUUGUUUAUCAGGAAAAGGUUAAAACCAGUAAAGUGUAUUUCAGGGAUUGUACCGUGAUUCCUGUCAUCUCCCUUGUGCUCUUCUCGGGUUUUGAUCUUGAUAUCAGUGUAAAUAAUGGCUGUACGUUUAUUUCAUUAGAGCGCGGAUGGAUUAUGUUCCAAGUGGAGGAACACAAGAUCGCAGAAAUGAUUAAGAUGUUGCGAAGCGAGUUGUUCAUGCUGCUGGAAGAGAAAAUCAAAGAUCCGUUACUAAAUAUCUGGCAUCAUGAUAAAGGAGAAAGGAUUAUUACGACGAUUUUGAACUUAAUCAACUUGAAAUAGGAUCGGAGUUUUGUUUCACAAAUAGAGAUUUUAUUUUGUAAAGCGUUCUUUUUUAUUUGAUUUGUAAGUGGAUUAUGCCUGUUUGUUAUUGUUGUGUCGAAGAGGAAAUAAAAUUCUAUUUUGUUA